GCAAAUAAUACAAUAUUUGUCUGGAAUAAGGCCUGUGCGGAAUAGUAAAUAACAUUAACAAAAUCUAUUUAUAAAUGUUGACCCGUUUUCUCGUUUGGACAAAGAAGGGUGAGAAGGAGGAGGAGGACGAGGUUCUCCCGCAACGUGAUGAUCUCGUGGUGUCGCUUUUGUUGUUGAUGUUGUUUUGUUUGUUGUUGUUUGUUUUGUUAGUAGUUCCAUCGCAUUCGCCUCUUUUCCACGCUCGUUUAUGAACGGAGGAGCGAGCACAUCGAGUAGACCACAGUCAGAUCCCGUUCCGAGCAGACGCGCAUCGCUGCACCCGAGCACUCAGAGAAAACACACAUACACACACAAAAGUAUAUUGCUACUGAUUGAAGCAAAUUGUUUCUUCAAUUGGAUCAAAUUCGUACUUGGUUUUUCUUCUCACUUCUGUAAUUAACGGAAAAUAACCGAAAGAAUGCUGAUGUCCAAGAGUUUGGCACGUUUGAACGUGCACGUUACAAGCAUCUCCAAGAGACAAACUAAGAUCCUGGUCUCCAUUUCGCCGACAUUCAACAGAAAAUAUACGACGAAAUCGAAGAUAAUUGUGCAGAAGCCGAUAGUGGAGAUAGGAGGAGAUGAGAUGUCGAAGAUCGUCUUCGACAAGAUUAAGCAGAAACUGAUCAUUCCUUAUGUGAAUCUGGAGAGAGACUAUUACGACUGCAGCUUGGCAAACAGAAAUGCAACAGGAAACGAGGUUGUGGCGGAAGCGACGGCUGCGAUCCUCAAGUACAACGUGGGCAUAAAGUGUUCGACAAUAACACCAGAUGAGGAAAAAUCGAAAGAAUACAAGCUGAAGCAGAUCUGGCCCAGUCCGAACACGAUGAUCAGGAACGCCCUGAACGGCACCCAGUUCAGGGAGUCGAUCAUCUGCAGCAACGUGAACAAGUUCGUGCCGAAAUGGACGAAACCGAUCAUCAUCUGCAGACACACGUUCGGGGAUCAGUACGCCGGCAAGGAUAUAGUCAUCGAUAAACCCGGAAGGGUCUCGUUAGUUUACACUACUAGAACUGGGGAGCAUCACAAUUACGAUGUUAAGGAUUUCGAUGGUAAAGGAGUCGCGAUGCUCACGUACAACACUCUGGACAGUAUUCAGUCGUUCGCCGAGGCCUGCUUCCAAAUGGCCUUGGAGCGCGAAUUGCCGCUAAUCUUCUCUUCAAAGUACACGCACUUGAAGCAGUACGACGCGAUGUUCUACAGCGUCUUCCAAGACUUAUACUUGAGCAAAUACAAGAGGUUGAUGGAUAAGGCCAACUUAACUUACGAACACCGAUUAAUCGACGAUAUGGCUGCUUGCGCCAUCAAAUCUUCCGGAGGAUUCGUGUGGGCUCUGAAGAGUUACGACGGUGACAUCCUCUCCGACGUCGUCGGUCAAGGUUUCGGUUCCAUGGCUAUGAUGAUGCACAGCUUAAAAUCGCACGACGGAAAGACGAUUCUAACAGAACCAGCGCACGGAAGCGUCACCAAACACUACAAGAGACACUUGAAAGGUAAACAGACUUCCACGAAUCCGAUAUCUUCGAUCUUCGCUUGGAGCCGCGGUCUUCAUCAUCGCGCCAAGCUUGAUUGCAACUACAACCUUCUGGAAUUCGCUGAGCUUCUGGAGCAGUGUUCCAUCGCGGUCGUCGAGGAGGGCAAUUUGACCAGAGACUUGGCUUACAGCGUUUACGGAGCGGAUGGAUACAAGGAAUCGGACACGAUCACCACGAACGAAUUCAUCGAUGUGAUCGCCCGCAAACUCGAGCUGAACAUCACCAAGAUCUUCCCCAGGGAAGUCGCCCAAACGGCAAACUAAUUGUGAUCGAUUAUUAUUUUAUUUUUUUUUGUACUAUUUAUUAUUUAUACCACUGUAUUAUGGAUAAGCGAGCGUAUUUGAAAAUCCAAUUUCCGUUACGCACCGGAAAUUGCGAUGCUUCGUAAACUUAGUUUGUAAGCAAAUAAAUAUAAUAUUAUUUUUCAAA